UCAGUGACUUUGAAGUUGGAAGUCCAGUUUGUUCAGUGCGUGCUCGUUUUUGAUGACUGAAAUGACCAAAACGGCAGAAACUCCAAAUGGCUGCUUGGAAGUCUCGGAUGCCCCAAAAAAAAAAAUGACCCUCAUUAGUCGUGGGUUUUUACGUUUCUCCAUUUUCUUCAGUGGAUACAUCCUCUUCCUCAUAUUGGGAGCAUCCGUUUUCUCCGCAAUCGAAGCGCCCGAGGAAACAGAGCAAGUGAACAGCCUCAGAACUCUACGGAGCGAUUUUCUCAAACAAAAUCCACAAGUACGUGGUACACAAGCUAGUAAGUAGCCGAGUAGCUGAGUAGCUGAGUUCAU